AUGCUGCUGCGCAGGUUUGCUGGCGGUGAGGAGCUGCGCAAUCUGCUGCUGCCCUUGGAGUGCACUGCAGAUCCUCUGAAACAGUUGCGACAGACUGCGCGUCUCCAGCUUUGUCCUUGCAUGCACCCUGGCCAAACCGCAAACAACGAGGUGACAGAGAAAGGGAAGGGUGACAGAAGUUACUUUCACGAGAAGACAAGGCAACAAAGCAACGGUACGCCGGCGAUCCAGGAUUUAGCGUUUGCAAAGGCGCAGCCUGCUCGCGCCAUGGUUCAUUGGCCGGGGGCAGUUGCGUUCUCCGCCCCCAGCCGUGGAAGAUUGAGGAGAUGCUGCUCGGACAAACCAUGGUACACGCCAGUUGUGGACGAACCAUGGUCGAAGGCAGGUAGUCUUGUAUUCGAUAGUGCAGCCUUCAUCAGUCCUCUCUCUAAUCGCACCAAUAUUGUUCAAGUCACCAAGCAAAUACACAUACUCGUAAUGUCUGCCUCGAACGUUGAUAACAGCAUGAAGGGCAAACCCUCAGCCCUCUCCGACACAUCGUCACCUCCCACAAUGAUGACUGCAUCAACGCUCACCUCCAUCAAGCUCGCUCAUUACUUCAACCCUGAAUACGGCGCCGCCUUCGAGGUCCUUGAGAGCACACCAUGGUCUUCCGGAGUACUGACGGCAGCAUCACCAACCUCCCUUGAGUUCACUCACUUUUUCAACGCCAAGUACAGCACCGCCUUCAAUGUCCUCGCCGAUUUUCUGAAGGAAGAACCGGACCCAUAUCCGGCUCUCUGUCUGUAUGACGAUUAUCCUCGUCAUUGGGAAUGGGUAGCAUCUGGUGAACUCAACAAAGUGGCUGAGCAACACGAGCUUCCAGUUGACUUCCUAAGCCGUCCUAUUCCCAAGCACUUAGUGUGCAAGUACCUGGAGACACUUGAGUGCGUAGGAGGUUAUACCCACCCAGACGGUCUGUAUGAGCAGACAGUAGCCGCACAGUGUUAUGCAAAGAAUCCACCAAGAGAUACUGAUGGUUAAGAUUGGCCCACCUCUUGGGCUGACAUCUAGAUUAUUGAACAUGAAGGUUGCUUUGACUCAAGGAGGAACGGUCGCUGAUCAUCUCUGUUGAAGCAUCAGAGCUGAGCAAGGCUGUCCAAGAAGUGGUUCGGGAAUCAGCUGAGGUCAAGAAAGAGAAGUCUCGCUUAUAGCCCGGAGUAGGCCACUUGAAGAGAGUAGACGCCCACACGGUGGCAGCAUCGUGGUAGGGUUGAGGCGUGUCUCGUCGAGCACCUCUGGAAAAUGCGACUGCCGUUAGGAAGAGGAACAUGGCUACUCAAGGCUGACCAUCUCGAUCAGAGUCUAGCCAGAUAAGGACUUGGCUUGCAGCAGUGCAGAUCUCACCCAUAAUUUUGACCUGUUGACUCUGCUCCGGAAUGUUGUGUUG